GCGAACACCGCCACUAAGCACGACCGCUAAUGGCGCACCAAGUGCGUGCUGCUUUAACCGAAAACUACUAACGCCGAUCGUGUGAUCCAGAACCGACGACUUGGCGCACCAGCGAGCUUCUCCGGAUCUCUCCCGUCCCGGCCCCCCGAUCGAGCCCGGCCGGCGCGGUCAACUUUGCGCCAUCAUCACGCGCGCGUCCUGAUCAGCAUUCGAACCGGCCGCUGAUCUCCCCCUAUUUAUACGCGCGCCAUGUCAUGCCCGACACAAGCCAAAGCCUCAGAUUAAGCUGAGCUAGCAACAAGCGCAGUGGUUAAGUGAGUUCUUGCCUUCUUGGAGCUAGCACGCGUGAUAUAUAGAGCCUUGCUUGUGCUGCGUUGAGAGCUAGCUGAGAUGGAGGCGAGUCGUCCUGGCGCAGCGCUGGUGGCCGCGGCCGUCCUGGCGCUGCUGGUGCUCGUGCCCGAGGCGUCCCGCGCGGAGCGGUUCGUCGUCGGGGACGCGGCGCGGUGGACCUGGGGGUACAACUACACGGACUGGGUGAUCAAGAAGGGCCCCUUCUUCCAGAACGACAGCCUCGUUUUCAUGUACAACCCGCCGAACGCGACGGUGCACGCGCACAGCGUGUACCUCAUGCGCAACGCGGCGGACUACCAGUCCUGUAACCUCAAGGCGGCCAAGCUGGUGGCCGGCGUCAUGCAGGGCGCCGGCUCGGGCUUCGAGUUCGUGCUCAAGAAGCGCAGGCCACACUACUUCGUCUGCGGCGAACGCGGCGGACUCCACUGCACCAUGGGGCAGAUGAAGUUCAUCGUGAAGCCCAAGAGCUCUGCAUGCCGUGACGACUGACCCGCCAGGCAGCGGCGGCGGCAGCCGAUCGACCGAUGCCGUCCUCACCUUCUUCUGCAUGCCACCUUCUGAUUCUGGUUCGAUCGUCACGCUUGCUUGUAAGUUAUCAAUUGUUGUAUCCAUAAUGUGUUGUGUGGUGUAUUUGUAAUCUGUGUUAUUUAUGCAUGAAUGGUUGGUUGAACAAAGGAGUGUCCUAGUGAAUUGUCAAGUGCUGUUAACUUGUUACAAAGGGAGAAUGUACUGAGAAUGAGGAACUACGAGUAGUUGUUGCA